AUGUCUUCUAUUUUUGACGAUUGUUUUAUUACACUUGCUGGUGUGUUUACUAUAGGUAACCAUACGCACCUCACUUCCAUUAUUAAUAAGCAUGGCGGAAAAGUUGCUCAAAAUUUAUCCAAAAAAUCUACUCAUUUAAUAAUCAAUGAAGACGACUAUAAAAGGGGUAAUUCUAAGGUCUUCCUUGCUAAAAAUAAAUUUGCCGAUCGAGUAUCAAUUGUGACUUGGAAAUGGGUUGAAGAUUCUAUUGAAAAAAAUGUAAAAUUGGAUGUAUCAGAUUAUGUUCUAUCAGAUGAUACUGAGGAUAUUGAUAUGGAAAACGCGGAUCAGAACUCUACUGCAACUGGAAAACGUAAUAAGGAUGAUGACGGAAAUGAUCAAGUUGAUGAUGUCAGGCCUUCGCGAAAACGUAGACGCACCGCUAAAAAUGAUAAUGAUAUUCAGAAUUCAACCACAGUUGAUACUACAACAACUGCUAUCUCUACGACCUCGAUAAUUACGACUACAGCUGGGACUUCUUCGAAAAAGAGAAAAGGGAAUAUAACUGAUAAAACUACUAAAGGUUCUAUUAAUAAUCAAGAUCAGGGUAAUAGCGAUCAGAGUGACAAAGUUGCGGCUACACAAAUUGUCGAGGAGAAAAGGAUGGUUAAAGUUGUGAUUAAGGGUCAAGCACCUGUUGAUGAAAAAUUCUUUAUGAAGAAUUCUGUACACGUUUAUUCUGAUGAUGAAGCUAUUUGGGAUGCCCUUCUUAACUUAACUAAUAUUGGUAAUAACAACAAUAAAUUUUUUGUAAUUCAACUUUUACAAACCGAUUCUCUUGAUGAUUACUACGUGUUUUGCAGAUGGGGAAGAGUAGGAUAUGGUUCUAAAGGUCAAUCAACUACUUAUGGUCCAACAGUAUUGGGUAGUGCAAAAUUUGAAUUCUCAAAAAAAUUUAAAGAAAAAACUGGUAAUGAUUGGUCUACCGUAUGCCAGGACAUCUCUAAUUUUGUUCCAAAGAAUAGUAAAUAUACUUUUUUGAGACGCGACUAUGCCUCUGAUGAUGAGGAUAAAAACGACGAUGGACAAAAUAAAAAGAAAGCUAAGAAUAAAGAAAAGGAAGAACCUAUACCUAUUUCAGAAUCUAAUCUUCAUCCAAAAGUUCAAGAUAUCAUGAAAAUGAUAUUUGACGUUAAUCAAUGGAAAGAGUCAAUGAAAGAAUUAGAAUAUGAUGCUGCAAAAUUACCUUUGGGUAAAAUUGCAAAAAGUACCAUUAACCAAGGAUACAGUGUACUUAAACGAAUAGAAGCCGUGUUUAUGGGAAAUUCUACCGAAAGUCUGGAGGAAUUGUCUAAUGAAUUUUACACUGUAAUUCCACACUCAUUUGGCAUGCGAAAACCACCUAUCAUUAAUAACAUAAAUGUACUCAAAACUAAAUUGGAUAUGGUUGAAACCUUGGGAGAAAUUGAAAUCGCUUCUACUUUGAUAAAAGGAAGUGAUGAAACCAUCAAUCCAUUGGAUGCUCAUUACAAAUCGCUUAAAUUAGGAAGAAUGGAGCCUUUGGAUCAUAAUUCUAAAGAUUUCAAAAUGGUGGUCGAUUAUGUUAAGAAUACACAUGGAGCUACACAUAAUUACUUUAAACUUGAAGUUCUGGAAGUGUUUGAUUUGGAACGUCAAGGUGAAAGAGAAAGAUUCGAGCCAUAUUCCAAAUUGCAAAACCGAGCUUUAUUAUGGCACGGAAGCCGUAAAACUAAUUUUGCUGGCAUCUUAAGCCAAGGAUUACGCAUUGCGCCUCCGAGUGCUCCUGUAACCGGUUAUAUGUUUGGGAAAGGAGUUUAUUUCGCAGAUUCCGUAUCAAAAUCUGCUCAAUACGUUCAUAAUACUAGCAAUGAUAACAUUGGCCUCAUGCUUCUCAACGAAGUUGCUUUGGGAAAUAUGCUUGAGUUAAACUCCGCUGACUAUGAUGCAGGAAUAAAAGCAAAGAACGCAAAAUUUCAUUCUGUUAAGGGUUGUGGAAAGAAUGUUCCCGAUAUGAAUAGUUUCAUUAAGCUGAAUAAUGGCUGCAUUGUACCAAGCGGAAAAUUACAAGAAAAACAUCGUGAUAAAUUUCUUUUUUACAAUGAAUAUAUUGUCUACGAUGAAGCUCAAAUUAUGCAGAAAUUUUUGAUCAAGAUGAAGUUUCGUUAA